AUUAAAUCUCAUCUUCAGAUUCAUCUUCGUGAUGUUGUUCCAUGUAAUGGAAUAACUCAAGAUCCAAAUACUAAAGAGUAUAUGAUGGUUUUAGAUUAUUGUGAAAAUGGAAAUUUGAGAAAUUAUUUGAAUAAAUCUGAAGAAUAUAUAUAUUAUCAAUCAAAAAUUGAUAAAUUACAGCAAAUUGCAAGAGGACUUUUAGAUAUUCACAUUGCUGAGAAAGUUCAUAAAGAUUUUCAUUCAGGCAAUAUAUUAUUUGAUUAUAGUCCAUUUAUAAGUGAUUUAGGAAUGUGUCAACCAGCAAAUAAGAAAUCAGUUAAAGAAGAAGGAAUUUAUGGAGUAUUACCAUAUAUGGCACCAGAAGUUUUACGUGGACAUCAAUAUACAAAAGCAGCAGAUAUUUACUCAUUUGGAAUGAGUUUCUUUCUGAAGAAAUUCCUUAUGGUGAUAUUUCUCAUGAUGAAUUUUUAG